ACAUUUCAUGACAUGACGUGACAGGCGCAUGUAUGAUGGCGAUUAUGACUGCCCUCGACAGGGCCAGGCCCGAGGGGCGAUGGGCGACUGCGGAUCGGUUGGAUGAGGCGAGAAUGGGCGCAGAGGUGGUGCUCCGAGGCAAUUGAAGAUCUGAUGUGUCGGCGGCUCGGGCGAGAGCAGGCGAGGAAAGGUUCACGUUGCCGGUCACGAGGGAUCGGACGACAUCCGAAAGCCUUAAUUCGAGGUCCGAGCGAGCGCUGUGGUCCGCUCUGUUCAGCAGAGCGAGGUCUUGAAUGCCGUGCUUUCUCGCAGCCCGUCAUGGUCCAGCAGCAGCACGGGUGACGAUUCUCUGCCUGUGCGUGGAAACGCCCCGCGUUCGCCGGGGCUCCAGACUGAGCGAACCGCUUUAGCCUUCAACCGCCAUGAAGUUGCAGGCUUUCCAUGGCAAUGAUUCCGCUGGAGCUCGAUGUUGGAACUUUUCUUGAGCUGAUUGUUUUCGGUAAUUAUUCUUCUUCACCCCAGUUUUGCUUCGCUCGCCGUGCAUUAGUCAGCACUCGAGUUCCUCGGAAGAAUGUUGCGAUCCAACGUGUUGUGACGCUCAUGCGCUGGAAGCCGGGGCGUCGUUCGGUCGGGAAUGGAAUGCUCUGACGCCCAGCUCCCCGCUCUUCUUCACUCGCUCGCUCGCUCGCGCAGCAGCUGCGCAGACGAGCGUCGCUGAGGGAGUGUCCUUGCCGCUCGACGUCGACGCGCGCUGACCCUCUGAAGAUUGUCGAACGUGCAAAGGUUGGAGGAUUCGUCGAAACAUUGGCGUGCCACUUCUCCAAUGCGCUCUCGCCGUGCGCUGUCGCUCGCUGACAUUCGGGCGUCGACGAGGCGGAAGAGCAGAAGGCAGGACGAUGGACAGUGCACCGUGGUCGCAUGGCGGGGUGGCGGGAUCGAGAGUUGGGAGCGUUUUCGUUCGAGCUCGCGGAGGGAUUUUUGUCAGGCGCCAGAUUGGGAUGGAGCUGUAAGUGAAGUGCAGUGAAGUGAAGUGGUACGUGAGGUGCUGGAGAGUGCAUGCGUAGUUCUAUUCUGAGCGUAUUUGAGUUCCUUUCUUUUCUCAUCGAGCGCAUCCGGAUUCUUCUAUUUUCGUUGUUUCGAUAAUGGCGGACGCCCUGCCGUCCCGACUCGUGCACCACGCGCCGCGAGAGGCACAUCUGGCGAACACCGUCGGGAAGGAGAAGGAGAAGAAAGUGAGAUUCGACGAGUGCAGCGACAGGGGUUCCAAUCUCGGGAAGGUGACAGUGGCAUCGUCGUCGGACAAAUGCCGGCUCCCGCUCGACGCAGUGAUCAUCAAGGACAAAAAAACAGGCGAGCUCCUUCCUUUCGGCGAGCACCAAGUGCACAAGGCGCAAGACACGACCGUCGUGCAGGAGACCGAGGAAGUGCGCCUCAAGGGGAAACUGAGAUGGCUCUUCGAACAGGAUCGAAUGUUUUGGGCAUCGAACGAGACCAAGGCUGCGGCCAGCGACUCGAAGAAUGUGGACGAGGAGGCCCAGCGGACCUCGGAGCUGCAGGCGAAAGGCAAGGAAGCGGGGCCCAAGGGUAAGCCUCGCGUGCUCCUUGGCGGCGCGUCCAAAGGCGAGGGCCUUCGGAGCUCCUCAUUCAAAAUGCCCGCAGCCUCCGUCGGGCUGCUGCACGAAGGGGUCAAGGGAUCGAAGGAGAAAGCGAGUCUCCGCCCGGACAAGGACCGAAAGACCAGGCACAAGAAUCAGAAGCUCGACGAGUCCUCCUCGCUCGGCAAGGCCGGCGAGGAAUUUGAGUUCGCUCGAGGGGCAUCGUCGCCGAUCGAGACCUCGCUGGAGUUCGUCGACGCCAAGGGCUCGUGGGAUGAAGGCUCGGGAGCAGCGCAGGAGUCGGCCAAAGCCGAGACCCUUCAGAAACCGACUUCCAUGAACUUGCACUGGGGCUUCAACAAGACCAAGGCCGCCGCCGAGGAGUCGUUCAAGAGCGAGAAAGCUCGCCCCAGGGCCAGGCGAGCAAGCCCGCCCGACCCGAGCGCCUUCGGAACCCCAAACCCCCCGCAGAAAGCCGCUCGGCUGCCCGAGCUGCGCCGGGCGCGCGAGGAGAGGGAGGCCGCGGAGGUGAGCGAGCUGGAUCUCGGGCGGGGCGAUGCAUAUUUCACAGACUAUGAGGACGCCGCGGGGAAUUCGCGGCCCUCGAGCUCGGAGGACGAGGACGAGACGGACGACAGGACAAAAGUCGGGGCCGCAGGGUAUGGCGAGGGCACGGCCGAUAGAGCGACGCUGCUCAAGGCAAAGUGCGAUUUGCUGGCCCGCGAGAAGGAUAUCGCCGUCCGGAAGUGGAAACGGAGCUGCGUCGAAAUAGACCAGGCAGCGCAGAUGGCGCAAGCCUUGCGAACCGCCAUCGAGACGCUGCUGGAGGUCAGUGUUGCGGGAGACGCGCCGUCGGACUUCAAGAGUAAGAGGACCACUCUCGAGGACCACACUCGAGUGCUCAAAGCCCGAAUGGAGAAGCUACGCCGGAAGAGCGCGGAGCUGCAUCCGCAUCCGGAGCCCGAGGACCUGCCCCCCGUGUCGUUGCAAGGUCGGAUCGACACCCUGAAGAAGAGCUCGGAGAUCCGCGGCCUGCCCAGCCCGGAGAUUCCUCGCGACACGGAGAAUAAAGUCGAGGACUUAAAGGCCCGCUUGGAGAAAUUGAUGCUGGCUACCAACUCGCGGGUCACGGACGAGAGAGAGCAUGUCAUAUCCCGGCCGCGAGAGAAGAGGAAGAAGCCUCCCAAGGAGGGCGGCGGUGCCAACCCGGAGAAGGCGGAGUUGAAAAUGAGAGGAUGGUAUAACUCACUCUCGGCAGAGCUGUCAGCGGAGCUCACAGCGAAUCUGAUUGAUUCUGUGCAGCCAAACAACAGCGUCGACAAGUGCGAUGUGUCCAGUGAGAACGGGCACACCAGAGAGCCGAGUUACAGUGCAACGCCGGUCACGUCCAAGCAGGUGAGCCCUCUUCAUCCGCUUCAUCCCCUGCAUCAUUUGGAGGAUACGGCCAGCACCCAUUCUUCUGAGGAGACCAAAAUUCGCGUGAUCCACAAGAUCGCCGAAGAAGUGAGAGCCGAGUCGGAGCAGUGGUACCAAGUGCAAGAACUUCUUCAGCGCGUCGGGGAAGACAUGAAAAGGCUCCAGGAGGCUUGCAGCACCUGGGAGCAGCGUGCGCUCGUCGCCGAAGCGCAAGUGCUGACUUUGCAGCACGAGGACCAGGAGCGCAGGGAGCGAUUGCAAACGGGAGACCAGAAAAUUGCCCAACUCCAGACGGAAAUGGUGAGACUCCGCGACACGGUGGACGAGGUCCGCAAACAGCUGAGCAGCGUCGACCCGAGCAGGUGGUUCGAAGCUGCCAACAAGUUCGGAUACGCCUUCGUGCCCGUGAUGAAGCCCAGCCUGUCGGGAAAUUAUUCUUUCCGACACCACUCGUAUCCUGACGAUGACGACAGGACGAGGGGAGGCGGGGGCGAGACGAGGCAGAAGAGCGCUGCAGUCGAUGCAGACGUGAGUUCCGACCAUUGGCACCCGAGCUCCUCGACCGCGCCGAGCGCCAAGGCGUCGCGGCCACUGCCGGCCCGGCGGAACACGAAGCUGCCCAGCUUGCAGUGGGCGAACGAAAUCGCCAGAGCUGAGGAGGACGAAAUUCUGCAGUCCAAAAUGCUGGGAACGCCCACCGACAGUCAUCAGCUGUCCAGACUGGAUUUUGUGAAAAGUAGUGUUCCCGAGGAGGACAGUUCACCUCCCGGGAGACCUGAUAAUUCUUCCAGAACUGAGAAAUCGCCCAAACCGAGGCUUGAUAUAAAGUGCGAUGAUUUUAGUCGAGAUGAACCGAAGGAGGCUCUUCCCCUCUCUCCCAUCCCCAAAGAGAGCCCCGCCGACGAGCUUCUGCGCAGCGCUAACUUGACCUCCCUCGCCCGGUCUCCUCUCAAAGUCGUUCUCGGAAACGUAGCUCCGUCCAAGGAGAACAAGAAGCCGUUCUGACCAUGUGAAUGUUAGGUUCCGUAGUGGCUUCGGCGUCUCGAUUGUGAGCCGAAGUCUCCACUCUGCCAGGCCCAGAUUAUUUUCGUCCUAGCCAACAGCGAAGACGCUUUGUAAAGAUUGUACACUACAUUUCUGUACAUAAAACUGCCGCUUCUGAAAACACACGGAUUGCCAAGGCCC